UGCCCACAAGUGGUCAUUGCAUUCCACCCUGAAGGUUGUGCUUCAGGUGGUUACUUUUUGAGAAGAUGGGUUCACUAGAUAGAUCAAAGAAGAAGGUUCAUUUAUGGAAAAAGGCCAUGCUCCAUUUUUCAUUGUGUUUUGUGAUGGGGUUCUUUACAGGCUUAGCUCCAACAGGUAAAUCUUCUCUCUUUCCCACCAAAGUUGCUGCCUCAAAUAGGACAGAAUUUGCACCACAACCUAGUGAAAUGUCACACCACACAACAAAUGUCAAUACAAGUUGGAUAGCUCCAACGCCAGUUACCAUGCCCAUGAGGCCUAAAGUCCUUGGAAAGAAAACAACAACACCGAAGUUGCAUGUAAAAGCACAGCCCCUGCUGAAGCCUAGAAGACUCAUAAUCAUUGUGACUCCAACAAGCACCAAACUUCCCUACCAAACGGUGUUUUUGAGAAGGUUGGCAAAUACUAUAAAGCUGGUUCCUCAGCCAUUGUUGUGGAUUGUUGUGGAAGCUAAAACAGAUUCCACAGAACUUCCAGAAAUACUAAGGAAGACUGGCAUCAUGUAUAGGCAUGUGGUUUUCAAGGAGAACUUCACAGACUUAGAAGGUGAAUUGAAUCAUCAGAGAAAUCUUGCGCUUAAGCACAUUGAACACCACAGACUCAACGGCAUUGUACAUUUUGCUGGCCUUUCCAAUGUUUAUGAUCUCCAAUUCUUCCAUCAGCUUAGAGAUAUUGAGGUCUUUGGAACAUGGCCAACCGCAUUGUUAGUUGCACAUAGGAAGAAAGUGAAAAUCGAAGGACCUGUAUGCGAUUCCUCACAAGUCAUUGGUUGGCAUCUAAGGAAUAUGAACAAUGAGACUGAUACAAUCACUCCUCCCAUUCAUAUUUCAAGUUUUGCAUUCAAUAGCUCCAUCCUCUGGGACCCCGAGAGAUGGGGUCGCACUUCCUCCGUUCAAGACACUUCCCAGAAUUCAAUCAAGUUCGUGAAGCAAGUAGUUCUAGAAGAUGAGGCUAAGUUAAAGGGAAUUCCACCAGAGGACUGCUCCAAAAUCAUGCUCUGGCGUUUCAAUUUUCGUGCCCGAACCCACUCAAAUCACUAAUUACUAGUAUCUACAUGUUAGCCGAAGAUAAAGGGGAAAGAAAGAUGAAAAAU